UUGACGGCACUCAAGCCCCUGAAUGCACCCAGGGCUCCAGACUGCAAGCACAAGGAAACCCAGCUCGGCCUUGCAGGGAGCUGAGGAGCAGGAACCUUCCCUGAGCACUUUCCCCCUCGGAACAGCUUUGCCAAAAUUUGGGACAGUCGGAGCCAGAGACUGGAGCUGGAACUCUUAGUCCCAAGAGUUACGGUGGCACUGAGUAGCACCGCACCUUGCUUUGUCCAUCAGAGACUGAGAAAAGAAGGGGGGGGGAAUUCCUCCUGUGCCCUUUUAAAUCUGGACAAAACAGGUUUUUAAUGAAAGCAGCACUGAAUCAUUACUGCCCUGUGAAUUCAGAGCUGGUGGAUAUUUGAUGCAAACAGAGAGUUGGUUGAAACUCUCCCGUACCGGCUCCCUCUUUGUCCCCCCUUGAGCCUGGGAAUGGGUGUGAUCUCCGAGUAGGAGUGUCUCUGCGGUUAAGUAGAGGAUUGAAUUACCGAACACUGCUGUUCCCGAGCUGACAAGGUAGCAGAGCAGCGAACAAAAAGUGCCUUGAAACUAGGCAAAGAGGAGAGAAGGCGCUGGGUUUGGUGGAGAAGGGAGACCUGUGAGGACACUGUGCACUUUCCAGCAAGCUCAGACCGCAGGAUGACAGACGGUGACACAAAUCUCCCAACCAUCGAGAGGAAGCUGGGACUCCAGAUAUGGGGCAUAGAGAAUAUGAAGAUGGUUCCUGUACCUGAAAAGGCUUAUGGGACCUUUUUUGAAGGAGACUGUUACAUCAUUCUGCAUACCAAAAGAACCUCUCGUGGCACCGCUGUGGAUUUGCAUUACUGGAUUGGGAAGGAUUCCUCCCAGGAUGAGCAGGGGGCUGCAGCCGUGUACGUCACCCAGCUGGACAACGCGCUCGGGGGGAGCCCUGUGCAGCACCGGGAGGUCCAGGGACAUGAGUCUGAGACCUUCCAGAGCUAUUUCCGCAACGGCAUCAUCUACAAGAAGGGAGGAGUGGCUUCAGGAUUUAAGCAUGUGGAGACCAACAUGUACAACAUCAAGCGCCUUCUCCAUGUCAAGGGGAAGAAGCACGUGUCAGCCACAGAGGUAGUGCUUUCCUGGGACAGUUUCAAUAAGGGCGAUGUUUUCUUGCUGGACCUUGGGAAAGUGCUGAUUCAGUGGAAUGGACCCAGCUGCAGCAUUGCUGAGAAAUCCAGGGGUCUGGCGCUGGCUCGCAGCAUCAGGGACAGCGAGAGGGGCGGCCGUGCUCAGAUUGGCAUCAUUGACAACGAGAAGGACUCCCCAGACCUGAUGCAGAUCAUGAGGAUGGUGCUGGGAGAGAGGCGUGGGGAGCUCCGAGAUGCCAUCCCGGACACGAAGGCGGAUGAGCUGCAGAAAGCGAACGUCCGGCUCUACCACGUCUAUGAGAAGGACAAUGACCUGGUGGUACAGGAGAUUGCCACCCGGCCCCUGACACAGGAUCUGCUCCAGCACGAGGACUGCUACAUUUUAGACCAAGGUGGUUUCAAAAUUUACGUUUGGAGAGGAAAAGCCUCCAGCCCAGAAGAGAAAAAAGCAGCCUUCACCCGAGCUGUGGGUUUUAUCCAAGCCAAAGGCUAUCCUUCAUCCACCAACGUGGAAGUGAUCAAUGAUGGAGCGGAGUCAGCCAUGUUCAAACAGCUCUUCCAGAGGUGGACGGAAAAGAACGAAACACAGGGGCUGGGAAAAGUCUACACUACUGGAAAAAUUGCCAAGGUGGAGCAGGUGAAGUUUGACACCACUCAGCUCCAUGCCAGGCCAGAGCUGGCAGCUGAGCAGAGGAUGGUCGAUGAUGCCUCUGGGGAGAUCGAGGUGUGGAGGAUUGAGGACUUGCAAAUGCAGCCAGUGAAUCCCAAGACAUACGGGCAGUUCUAUGGGGGCGAUUGCUACCUGGUCCUGUACACCUACCUGAGAUCAGGCAGGCCCCACUAUGUCCUCUACAUGUGGCAGGGCCGCCACGCCUCUGUGGAUGAAAUCACUGCCUGUGCCCUCAAUGCCAUCGAGCUGGACAAGAAAUAUGGGGACGAGGCCGUGCAGGUGCGGGUGACGAUGGGCAAGGAGCCCAGACACUUCCUGGCCAUCUUCAAGGGCAAGCUGGUCAUCUACGAGGGUGGGACCAGCCGGGCUCAGAAAAGCGCUCCCGAGCCAGCGAUCCGCCUCUUCCAGGUGAGGGGCACGGAUGAGGUGAACACAAAGGCCACAGAGGUGCCAGCCAGAGCCUCCUCCCUCAACUCCAACGAUGUCUUCCUGCUGACCACCAGCCAAGUCUGCUACCUGUGGUGUGGGAAGGGAUGCAGCGGAGAUGAGCGGGAGAUGGCAAAGAUGGUAGCUGACAUCGUUUCCAGACGGGACAAGCACACCAUUUUGGAAGGACAAGAGCCAGCAGAGUUCUGGGAAGCUCUGGGAGGCAAAGCACCUUAUGCCAGUGAAAAGAGGUUCCAAGAGCAGAUCACACACUACCAGCCUCGCCUCUUCGAGUGCUCCAACCAGACGGGCCGGUUCAUCAUGACGGAGGUGGUGGGCUUCUGCCAGGAGGACCUGGAUGAAGAUGAUGUCAUGCUGCUGGACACAUGGGAAGAGAUUUUCCUUUGGGUUGGCAAAGCCUCCAACGAAUACGAGAGGAAGGAGGCCAUUGCCUCAGCUAAGGAGUAUCUCAAGACCCAUCCGGCAGGGAGAGACUUGGCAACCCCGAUAAUCCUGGUGAAGCAGGGCUACGAACCCCUCAACUUCACAGGGUGGUUCAACGCUUGGGACCCCUACAAAUGGAGCGAUGGCAAGACCUAUGAGGAGAUGAAGAACAGCUUGGGAGAUGUGUCAGCUAUAUCCGAGAUCAAAGUGGACCUUAACAACAUCAGCCUGAACAAGAGGACCCUCAGCGUGACCAGCUUGGCCAGUUCAAGCAAUCCAAAUGCUUCCUCGGAGUAUAAAUCCCACUUCAACCACAGUGACAGCAACAGCUACAGCAACAGCAGCAACUACAACAGCAACAGCAGCCCUUCCCUGAUGCCCAAUGGUGAAGGAGUUUACUCCCGAGAGGUGCUGAUGAACAGGACGGUGGAUGAACUUCCAGAGGGUGUGGAUCCCACUAGAAAAGAGUUCUAUCUCUCCGAUGCCGAUUUCCACGAUAUCUUUGGGAAGUCCAAGGAGGAGUUCUACCAGAUGCCCAAAUGGAAGCAGCAGAACGAGAAGAAACAGUGUGGACUCUUCUGAGACCGCAGGGGCCAUCCAGCAUCCAGUGACUCUGGGACCAACCCUUGCCCUCUUAGGAGCUGCAGGGAAGAAGAGCAGGCAUUUGCUCAGCGAACCCAGCCCAACAUCCCAACCAGGCCCAGCUCCAAUGCAGUUAUCCCAGCAGCCACUGCUCAGGGGAUGGCUCCUUCCUGCAAACCCAGAAUGCCAGGAGGCGAAACCUUUUGCUGGAACAGCUUGGCAGGAUGUUUUUGCCUCUUCCCGACACUUUAUUGCUGAUAGCCACGAAGACAAGUGUGUGCCACACAACUGUAUUGUAGCCUCUUCUUUCAUUUCCCUUUUGCAAAUCGCCACGUGCACAAGGUCAUGAUAUCCCUUCGUUUGUAGAAGUUUAAGAUUAGGCAAGACAAAGGCCAUUUGCAGCUGCUGUGUAAAUGCUGGGUGGGGAAAGGAGGGGGAACCCCUAAGAGGAUAGAGGGGGGAGCCUUGAGGCUGGGAAAAAGGUAAUGGAGUAGCCAGAUGUCCAAUGGAGUAGUCCAUGGAGUGACACCAGACAGUUCUUCCCCUUCUCACCUUGUAGAAAAACUACCCACCAAAGAACAGCAAGAAUCAGUUGUAGACUAACAGGCAUAGAUAUCCCAGGGCAGGUAAAACACAGGGGAACCUGGUUCGGAAAAAAAAGCACUUAUUACAAAUAUGUUUAUUAGCUGAUCUAUUUCAAGGGCUACGCACAAAUGCUGAUUUUGUCUGCCAUGCAAGACUCUAUCUACUUUUUCCUCAUUCAGACAGCAUCUGCAAUCUCACCUGGCCUCCCUGAGCUCAGCCAGGUGAAUGUGAGAGUCCACCUGCCCGAAGACCAGAGGCUUGAGGAAGCCAGGAGGGUUUUGGGUACAUCCUGAGGCAGAGCAUGUCCUGCUGAAGGUUUUAUCAGGGCUCCAUCCCUGUGAUGCCCAUGGGGCUGAGGGGUGCCUGGUCCACACUGUUGGCUCUGACUAGGGAGGGUGGCAGGAAAUGUGAGAGUGAUCAGUGAUUAAGGGAUACAACUGUAACCUAAAGGAAGAAAUACCUGUUUAAAAACUCAGACAGUGUGGUUUUGCAGCUUUACUCCAUUUCCAGCCUGACCAGUGAUUCCAAAUAAACAUCCAGCAGCAGCAUUUUUAAGUGUCCUUGAUCAGCGCGUGGGGUAGGAUGACAGUAGAUAAAAGCUCUGCAGUGCUACAGAUCCUUCAGACACCUGGUCAUCAGUGGAAUUCUGGAUUUUUUUGAAAAAAAAGAACUGAGGAGAUGGGGCCCCUUCUGUUCCCUGACACCACAGCCAGGACAGUUUGUCUCCCCAUGCCCAUGCCUUCUCCUGAAGCCUCCCAUUGCCCAUGAGCAGCAGUGCCUGACUGCCCACCCCUGCUGCGGGGGUGUGGGGAUGGAGCUGAGGAGCUGCAGGCUCCUCAUUGAGGAGGAGCAAAGAGCUCUUACUCAAAACCCAGGACCAUUGCACUGAAGUGUCACCAUCUGGCUGGGCUGGAGCCGGGACCUCCAGGUGAUGGGGUCUUCUGGACAGAUCUCUGUGUUUAAGAAUUGGCAGUUACUUCAUAUAAGCCCCAACCCCAUCAUUUACCUCUGUGUUCCUGCCACCACUUUUGCCCAUUUCUGCUUGAGGGUUCAGCCCAAAACCCAUUGAAACUGCCUGUGCAGAGUAAGUUAAGCACCAAGCAGAGACACAAAUCAGCCGAAUUACCUGUGUGAUUGCUCCCGUUGUGCUCACAUGAGGUGCAAUCAGUGCACAUUAUCCAUGUUUCAGCCUCCAUUGCCACUGCUGGAAGCAGCAAUAUUUGCCUCACCCCGCUGUGCCACGCUCCUGCCAGCUCCUAAAUUAAGGAAUUGCAUGUGCUCCUCAGUAAGUUGCAGGAGUGCCACCUACCAGCCCCGACUGUGGGCCUAACGAGCUUCACACAAUCAAAUGAAGAGCAGCCAAACUAUAGUCAGAUUAGGGAGAUUAGGUCAGUGUGCUACAAAUUGCUUUAAUUCCUGCAGCCACAAUGCUCACCAACACAAGCAGAGCACUCCUGCCAGCAGUAGGAAACCUGCAUGGGAUUUUACAGAUCAUAGAUCCAUCUGACACUUGGGCCUGAUGGAAACUACUGCUGUUCUCCUCUUCUCAUGGCAGAGUGGUUUUUACUCUCUGCCUCUGAUUUCUAAAGGAAAGAUCCUCACCCACAUCCUCCUUUUCACGCCGUUUGCUGCUUUUGCUGUGGCAUCUGGUGGGCCAUGACCUGUUUCUGCUGCUCUUUUCCUCAAAGCUCCCCUACAGUGGGGCUCCAACACUUUCUAAUAUGCUCAGAGAUGAGGUUCCUUGAUAAUGACAUGGACCACAUCCCUUCCUUUUGGGAAGGAGACCUCAUAGAAUUGUUCAUCGUGCUCUGCUCCGUCCCAUCUCCAUCUCAGCUACGUUCCCAUCUGGUUCCAGUAUUUUCCCCCAACUGUUCCUACCUGAUGAGGGGUGUUUUCUCUUCCCAUGGAUCUUGCCUGACUUUAUUUAAGUGUGCAACAGGCAGAGGAAAACCCAGCCUCUCUGUGAUCCACCUAAGCCCACCCAGGCCCUGGAUGGUGUGGUCCUGCCCCCACACCUCUCCCAACACCCUCUCCCCCACUUUCCUAUUGCUGGCCACAGCAGGCAAGUGAGGGCUUUAACUCAAAUAAUCCAACUGAAAUCUAAUCCUGCAACCCAAAAAAUGCAAAUAAUGUGUUUGCAGCCAACCCAGUGGGUUGAUAUGACUUCACAGAAUAACAAUCACAGAAUGGUUUGGGUUGGGAGGGACCUCAAAGAUCAUCCAGUUCCAACCCCCCUGCCAUGGGCAGGGACACCUUCCACUAGACCAGUUUGCUCCAAACCCCAUCCACCCCGGCCUUGAACAUUUCCAGGGAUGGGGCAUCCACAACUCCUCUGGGAAACCUGUACAAGCCCCUCGCCAUCCUCACAGGGAAGAAUUUCUUUCUAACCUGCCCCGUGAGAGCUGGUGCUGACACAAGGGAGGGGGGCAGGAACAUUUCUGACCACGCCUGCUCUCCCACUGCAUGGUGCAAGCUCCCUGCAUGGCACAGGGCAGUCCUGGGUGUCCUUUGUCCAUGCUUUUUAUCCCACUGCUCCUUAAAAUGAAAUGCUGAGAGCACACUGAGAGCAGGGACUGUGAACACCGGCUGUCCCUGGGGGGGAGUCAAGGCCUGGCUCCAGCCCUGGCCUUCAAAUGUGCCUCCAACAACAUGCCCCCAUCCCAGAGGUGAGUUGAGAGAGCCCAUGUCACUGCAGGACACUCUGCUGUGCCUCUCUGGCCUCUCCACUCCUGGAUUCUACCACCCACUGGCUGUUAACGCAAUACGAGCCUUUGAGGUGUGGAUAUAAUUCACAUUUAAUUUGGCAACAGUUUACAACAUCUCACAAUAUUGUAGUGAAGAGGAAAAAUCAAUGUGUCCAGCAAUGAUUACUGAAGCAUAACAAACUCCACAGAGGAGUAAAAGAAACCCAGCUUCACAGCAG